AUGUUUUUCUAUUUGACAUUAGCACUGCUAAUAUUUCUGUAUAUAUUCAUAAAACGUCACUACAAUCAAUGGCAACGUCAGGGUAUAGCAGCCGCAGAGUCUGUUAUACCCUUUAGCUCCCUCAAAGCGGUAUUUCGGAAAGAAAAAACUAUGGGCUUGGCCAUAACCGAUAUUUAUGUGAGAUUUUCGGAAAGUGUUGUCGGCAUCAUGCUGGCCUUUAAGCCAGCCAUUCUCAUAAGGGAUGCUGAAAUGGCCCGCCAAAUAUUAACCAAGGAUUUUGAUUACUUUCAUGAUCGUGGAGUUUAUGUGAAUGAGAAAAGAGAUCCGCUGUCGGCAAAUUUAUUUAGCCUUAAAGGACAUUCAUGGCGUAGCAUGAGAGCGAAAUUAUCUCCCUCAUUUUCAAGUGGGAAAUUAAAGGCCAUGUUCGGAACAGUCGAUGAAGUUGGUAAUCAAAUGGUGGAAUAUAUUUUGGAGCAGUUUGAAGGUGAUCAACGAAAAGUGCUGGUGGAUAUUAAGGAUAUUACAACAACCUAUGCCAUUGACAUCAUCGGUUCGGUAAUCUUUGGUUUGGAUAUCAACAGUUUUGAAAAUCCUCACAAUGAAUUUCGGCAGAUAAGUGAUCGAAUUUUUAAAACCAAUCAAACUCACAUUUUGCAUCGCAUUCGAGCCAUCAUGAGCUUUAUGUGUCCACCUAUUGCACAAUUUUUGGCCCUAUUUGGUACACUGGAUCCCAUUACAGCUGACUUGAGGGAAAUUGUCAGACGUACCAUAGAAUAUCGUGAAAAACACGGUGUCGCUCGUAAAGAUAUCCUUCAACUCUUAUUACAACUAAGAAAUUCCGGCGAAGUUAAGGAGGAAGACGAUACGACCUCCUGGCAGGUCGAUGCUGUAGCUGAAAAUCAAAAAACCAUGUCAAUUGAUACAAUUACUGCAAAUCUAUUUCUCUUCUAUAUUGCCGGUUCUGAAACAACAUCCUCGACCAUUGCCUACACCCUCUACGAAUUGGCUAUGUAUCCAGAAAUAUUACAACGUGUCCAAGCCGAAGUUCUCCGGUGUCUGGAAAGAAAUAAUCUCAAGCCAUGGGAUAAUUUGUCCUAUGAUAUUUUACAGGAGAUGCCAUAUUUGGAUCUGUGUAUAAUGGAAACCACUCGCAAAUAUCCCGGCUUACCCGUUUGGAAUCGUGAAUGCACGAACGACUAUCGUUUAAGCCGUAAUGAUUUUGUCAUAAAGAAGGGCACAGCCAUAAUAAUACCCAUUAUGGGUAUUGGUCGAGAUGAAAAAUAUUUUCCCCAACCCAUGGAUUACAAACCGGAACGUUAUGCCGAGGAGAAGGAUCGAAAUAAUAUGACUGCUUUCAUGCCAUUUGGUGAUGGUCCAAGAUAUUGUAUCGCUAAGCGAAUGGGCAUUAUAAAUGUGAAAGCUGCUUUGGUAAAAAUCUUAGCAAAUUUCAAUAUUGAAACACAGCCACGUAAGGAGAUUGAAUUUAAAUUUCACUCUACGCCCGUGUUAAUGCCUAAGGAAGGUUUGAAAAUAACACUUGUGAAAAAGUACUAA